AUGGGAGGCGAGUAUAGUCAAUAUCUUAAACCAUCUCUUUCUAACAGUCAAACUAAGAUAGCCACCGUCGAUCCUGUUGCUAAUAGUAGCAAAGUUAUUACUAAAGUGGAAUCGUUACGCCUAGCUGGUCGACGCCAAUUUCAACAAGGCUAUUACGAGCAAGCAAGAUCAACUUAUACAGAAGCACUUGAUGUCAUAGUUGGUUCCUAUCAGAUUACCAUUGAAGCAGACGAAGCACAAUGUGAUAUCUAUCUCGAUAUUUCAAUCUCAUAUUGUGAACAACAUAGUCAUGCACAAGCGGCGGAAUUUUGUAAUCAAGCUGAAAAAUUAGCUCGUAAACUAAGUGAUAAAGUGCGAUUAGCAAAAUGUUACGAUUGUCGAGGCAAAAUGAAGAAAAUGACGGCCAUGUAUACUAAAGCAUUGAAAGAUUACAAAAGAUCAUUAGAACUGAAGCUGGAAAUGUUAGGAGAAAAUAAUUUAGAAGUAGCUGAUUGCUAUGAAAACAUUGGUGAAAUUUAUCACUUACAAGAUGAUUUUCAGACUUCUUUAUCGCUUUUUCAAGAAGCUUUAAGUAUACGGUUAGAAGUACUAGGUAACAGCAACUUAUACGUUGCUGCAUCCUAUCAUAACAUAGGCAAUAUUUUCUACUCUCAGCAACGCUAUGACAAUGCACUUGCCAUGUAUCAUAAAUCAUUGAAUAUUAAAGUUGAAAUUUUAGGCACAAGCAAUUUACCUGUUGCUGAUUCCUAUCAUUGUAUUGGAAACGUUUAUUUAAAACAAGAAAAUUUUGACAACGCUUUAACCAUGCAUCAGAAAUCACUUAAUCUCGCCCAGCAAAUCCAAGGCAAGGAUAAUUUAGAAGUAGCACAAGCCUAUUUUGAAACUGGCAAUGUGCUUCAUUGCCAGCGUAAAUAUAAGGAUGCACUGUUAAUGCAUAGGAAGUCAUUAAAGAUCAGAAUCGAUUUAUUGGGCAAGAACAGCUUAGAUGUUGCUCAUUCAUGCCAUGAAAUUGGCAAAAUUUAUUACUCUUUACGAAAUUAUGAAAGUGCAAUAGAGAUGUUUAAUAAAUCAUUAAAUACGCGUAUAAACCUAUUAGGUGAAAAAAAUUUACAAGUUGCUGACAGCUAUCACGAAAUUGGAAAUGUUUACUUGAAACAAAAUAACUGUGACAUUGCUUUAUCAUCUCAUCAAUCGGCUUUAGAUAUUAGAAUAAAAUUAUUGGGCCAACAUGCUCUCGAAGUAGCGAUUUCAUAUCAUUGCAUUGGAUCUAUUUACUAUAUGCAAGGCAGGUUGAAAGAUGCAUUGGAAAUGUGCGAGAAAGCCGCGGAAAUUAAGCGUGAUAUUUUAGGAGACUGUCAUUCGUCACUUUUGGUUACCCGUGAAAACAUUUCCAAAAUCCGUCAUCAAUUAGGAAUCGUCUCUGGCGAAACAAGUAAUCGUCGACAUUCUAGCAUUUUCAAUAAAGCUAAUAUAUUGCCACCUCGAAGCGAUAGCAAAUCAAGCCGCAAACCAAAAUUGUUUCCGUCAGUAUCAUUAAGAUUAUUAAGCAAGGAUAGCGAUCAUCUCUUCAAUAGAUUCAUAUUUCAGUGA